AUGGCGCCCUCCUCUCUCUCUCACGGCGAUUACACGGUCGCCUGGAUAAGCGCCCUCCCCCACGAGAUGGCAGCCGGCAGGACGAUGCUCGACGACGUCCAUCCCAACCUUGCCCAACGCAGCGGCGAUACUAACUCAUACACUCUUGGCAGCAUCAGUGGUCAUAACGUCGUUAUGGUCUGCCUACCGGCCAUGGGCACAAAUUCUGCAGCGGCAGUCGUCAACCACUUACGAUCAUCCUUCCCGAACGUUCAAUACGGGCUCAUGGUCGGAAUUGGCGGCGGGGUUCCGAGUGAGAAGGCCGACAUUCGCCUGGGGGACGUCGUUGUUAGUAAACCAGUGGAUAAAUACCCUGGGGUUGUUCAAUACGACUUUGGCAAGUCGGUCGCUGGCGGACGCUUCGAGCAAACAGGGACUCUUAAUCGGCCCCCGGAAAUCCUUCUAGGGGCCAUGGCGAGCCUUGAGGCUCAAUAUCCCACCUUAAACGAGCCGAUAUCUACGAUUGUCACGGAGCGAUUGGCUCGGAAUGGGAAGAUGUCCAGCUUCCGCUGUCCAGGCCCGGAGGGAGAUCAGUUAUUUGAAUCGUCCUACGACCAUCCAGAAUUCGAAGAUGACUGCAGCCAGUGUGAUAUUGAUCGACUCAUAAGACGGGAAUCUCGCUCAACGACAGAACCCCAUAUCUGGUACGGGCUCAUUGCAUCGGGGAACCAGGUAAUGAAAGAUGGUUCGGCUCGCGACGCCUUGAGCAGCAAGUUCCCAGUUCUUUGUUUCGAGAUGGAAGCCGCUGGACUCAUGAACUAUCUUCCUUGCCUCGUGGUCCGCGCGGCAUACGCAACAUUGCUUUUGUCAAGAGUUCCUAGAGCAGUACCAAGUCUUGGGGAAUCUUCAGCUGUGCCCAGGCUUACACCUGAAGAACUGGAGUGCUGCCGCGCUUUGUUCAUCACAGACCCCGAGGAGGAUCUCCUUCGGCUAAAGCGCAGAAAAGGAGGCCAUGUUCCUGGAACAUGCGACUGGAUAAUGGACACAGAACAGCUUAAUCUGUGGCUCGGCGAUUCCAGCCAAGCCGAUGUUAGGCCAAGCAUAUUUUGGCUUCACGGGAAUCCCGGAGUCGGAAAAUCGACCAUAACAAUUGCCAUGACUGAAAUCCUGCAGUCACGUCCUUGCUUUCAAAGUAAUGAGAAAACGCUCGCGUAUUUCUUCUGCGAAUCCAGUUCUGAUAAACACACCUCGGCUACAUCCAUACUGCGCGGUCUCCUACAUCAGCUAGUUCACAAACACCCGGAAUGGGUACGAUUCCUCAUGCCAAAGUAUCUUGUUCGGAAAGAAAAGCUUUUCACAUCCUUUGAGGCCCUGUGGUCCAUUCUUCUUGCCAUUGCCAAAGAGUUCGGCGAGAUAUACUGCAUCAUCGAUCCUCUCGAUGAGUGCACUCGAGACUCGCAAGAGACCCUACUGGCCCAAUUGGCCGAAACAUUCGAUGAAGGCAGUGGAGGACCAGAUGGCCUUGGCCUUCAUAUACUGGUAACCAGUAGACCAUACGAGGAAAUUGGCCGCCAUCUACGACAAUUCUAUCAUCACGAUCUGUCAUCCUUCCCCAGUCUUAGGCAUGACGUGGAUUUACUCAUCGAGAAGAAAGUUGAUGAACUGAGCAGGAGGAACAGAUAUCCUCAAUCCAUCCGACAAGAUGUUGCCAGCAUCCUGAAGGACAAAGCGGAUGGCACGUCACUUUGGGUGGGAAUAGCGUGUCGAGAAUUACUCAACGUCCCCUUCAAAAACGCUGUUAAGACACUCGAGAGGCUUCCCAGAAAUCUGGAUUCACUUUACACUACUCUUCUUGAAUCUGCAAAAGACCAUGCUCCGGAUGAAUUUGAAACUGUUGUCCGUAUCCUUGGGGUAGUUGCAAUUGCUCUUCGUCCGCUGACAAUACUUGAACUUUCGCAAUUCGCCCAAAUCUAUCUAGAUCAAGACCAGGAUGUGCGCCACUCCUUUACAAGGGACACUAUACAUAUGUGCCGGUUGCUUAUCGUGGUGCAGGAUGGGACUGUUACUCUUCUCCAUAAGUCUCUGAAAGAUUUCUUGCUCCGAGGAAAGCAGCGAGUGGUUGAAGAGAGGCCAGCGCACGCUCAGGCUGCCUAUCGCUGCCUUGAUUUGGUCGUUGCUAGUUUCAAGGAUUUUGACAUCUAUGAAUAUACGCCAGAGAGUGAUUCCUUCCUCUUCUACUCUGCUCUAUACUGGUCCCAACAUGCCUAUCUCGGAUACGAUGCUUUCAGUGUCUUGCAACGACAUUCAAUAUUCUUCGAACCACAAUCUCAAGUACGCGACGCAUGGAGGGCAUUUGUCAGUUAUCAUAAACUGUUCCAUUGGCCGUACUCCAGUUUGCACUCUCUAUUUGAGUUAGCCGGCCAUUGGAAGAUCCUUCCAGUAGUCAACUACAUCCUAGCAGGUCUCGGUAACACGCAUGCACUUCAGAAUCUGUUGGAAUCAAGCGCUCGCAACGGUGACACGAGGAUGUUUUCAUUCUUCCUUGAUCAGCCGCUUGCUAUAGUCAAAACUAGUGUCAUAAUGGCUGCUCUACAAAACGACAUAAACGGCAGGGAAAUUGUUAAGAUAAUUCUUAGCCGCCGAGGAGUCAGCAACCUGAUAACAGAAUCCAUCAUUGACAGAGCUGCAGCGUGUGGGAAUAUCGAGCUCCUUCAAUGGUAUAUUAAGCAGCGGGGGGCCGAAUUUGCCCUUAGCCAAAGACUUCUUCAUCGCAUUAUUUGGGGUUCGGAUGAAGGUCUCGUCCUCGAAAUCAUGUCACGAAUCUUACGCCAUUCUAGUGGCAACCCCAUCUUUACGGAGGAGCACAUGAAAACUGCAGCUAGACACGGCAAUCCAGCAGUUAUUGCCCUUCUAGUUGAUUAUCCAGCGGUCGAACCUUUGAUUACCGAGGAUGUGGUCCAGCAAGCACUUCUAAAUCCUUGGGGAAGUUGGAAGACAGUUCGGCUUUUCUGGAAUUGUCUCGGUGACCAUUUGCCCGUAUCAGUGGACUUGGACUUUUUCCCUCACGAGGACGAUUUUCAUGAAAUGGUUGAAAUGUUUCAAAUCAUUCUUGAUCUCCUUGGUGAUAUGGUCCCUAUCCUGUAUCACUUGUGGGACUGCUCGGCGACCUAUCGCGCCCGUGUGUUAUCAAUAUUGUUGGAGAAGCGGCCCGCUCUUGCCUUCACAAAAGACAUGCUCAGCACGGCCGUGGAGGCCAAUGAUGAAGCGUUCUUGACAGUGAUUCUAGCAAGGUCGAGCACCUGUGAGUUCAUUGACCAAGAAUUUAUGACGUUCGCCGCCUCCCACGGGUCUGCGAGGACAAUUGAGCUUAUACUAGAUCAUGUCUCAGGGAUUACAAUUGCGGAAGAAACUGUCCUGGCUGCUGCGGCUAAUGUUGCACAUGGGCUAGAAUUGAUGGAAUUGUUAGUGAGGUAUCUCGGAGACGAUUUCCGCGUCACGAGCGGACUACUUGAGACUGCUGUUGCAAAUAGGCUUUGGGGCCCGAAGAUAAUGCAUUGGCUUGAAUCGCUCGACAGUGACUCGGUGGGCCUUGGCGAGCUGCUCUCUAAGAGUGCUGCAUACUAUACACGGGUCGCCCUAGUAAAGCAUCUCUACUCUCUGGUUGACCGAAACCCUUUGCGUCGUGACGAACUUACCAUGACCGUAUUCGAAUAUGGAUCCAUCGAGACCAUCUCAGCAAUAUGUGGACAGGUCUUGACAGAUUACCAUGUCAUACCAGAGGAUCUCAUUCUGGCAGUAAUACAUAAUUACGCUGAGAACAAUGUCAUAUUCCAGAUGUUGGUCGACCAACGCUGGAAUAUUCCACUCACCGAGGAUAUCGUCAUAGCUGCUGAGCAACCGUAUUAUUUUGGGGCUGGAUUACAAGUGAUCGUAUAUCAGUUAAUCAUGAAAGGAAAUGACACGAGCCCGACGCUAGUUCGUAUGGCAGCAUUUUACGCUGUUGCCAAUGAACACCAGGCCGCAUCGAUUCUCAGAGGUCCGGAAAAGUUUCUUCUGAUUGAAGAUCUGCUAGCUCGGAUCGCCAUUGCCGGAAACGCAAGAACUUUUCAGUUUCUGUUUCAUGCCCAGCCCUCGAAACUGCGGAGCUCAGCUGAAUGGCUGAAACUUUUACCUCUAAGGGUUUGGAUGGACAUUUCAGCGCCGCUGGAGGCGUUCCUGUGUCAGCACCAUGGCGUGAGUUGGCUUUCAGAGGAGGUUCUUGAGGUAAUGUCCUGUUAUCAAGAAUAUACUGAGGUAGUUGGAGCAGUUCUCGCCCAUCCGGACAGCCAGGUUGCGAUUACAGACGAACUCAUAAUUCGCUGUGCGAGAAGGUGCAGACAUGACACUUUCUUGUCCGUACUCCAGCGAGGCAAUCCAACAUUCAACAGCCAAUUUUGCCAGAAUCUGAUUGACUCUGUAGUUCAGAAUUGGCUGUAUGGUGAGGACAUCAUACACACCCUUCAACGACUCUAUCCAGCCAUGAACCUCCUGAUAACGGAGCGCACAGCCAUGCUUAUAGCUUAUUGCCGCAAUUGGGAACCAGUGGAAGCCCUGCUUCAGUACCCUGAAGACAAAGUCAUGGUUGCGAGAGAAGCUUUAUUUGCAGCCGCUAAUGACUCGGAAGACUUACUCGGAAUAUUUCUUUCUCGGGCUAAUGGCCGUCUCGUGACCAGAGAGGGAAUUGUAUCCGCAGUAGGCUCUCCUGGGGAUGAGCUUAUGAUCCAGCGCGUUCUUCGAGCCGCAGCGACCAGUCCUCAUCCACCAAAACAAGCUAAUUUUGCGACAUUCAAAGCUCUCUUCCACCGGCUAGCGGGGCCAUCCUCCGUGGAUGAUGCAUUAAUCCGCGCCAGCAUGCGGAACAGGCGGUCUACAGCAGUUCUUCGAUUUCUUAUCGAUACGGCCGGAGAUUCUUUCCGACUUACGGAGGAUAUUAUGGUUGACGCCGCUGGUCAUGCCCCCAAGGCUCUGGAAUAUCUCUUGCAUCGAUUUGGUCCACAUGUGCCGAUUACUGAGAAAGUCCUUGAAGCCGCUACUGGCGCCGAUAAGUCUGACGCGCUACGGUUGAUUCUUCCUCGCGCAAAUCACCUUGCCAUAACGCCGAAGAUGAUGGAGGCAAUGUUUUACCGUUCCCGAGGAUUCGGCCGUUUUAUAUGGGAGACCGCGGCGGAAGAGAAGCUUGAGUUUAUGUGGGCCAGUGGAAAGCCUAUCCCAAUUACAGAAGAUAUUCUCAUUCUUGCGGCUGGCCAUAAAGUGGCGGACGUACUCGCAAGGCAGUAUCCCAACGAAGUUAAGCUAUGCUUGACUGAUCGAGUGCUACUGGCCACUGCUGCAUCAAAUCAUAGUGGUAUAAAGAUUCUGAAACUCUAUGAGAGGAGAUUUGGAUGUCAGAUCACAGAAACGCUACGCCUUGUUUACAGACUGGGCGCAGCUGUCAGAGACAAACAUUUAUGGGCCGUGCAAAGGCUCCUGGAGCAAGGCGCGCCUCCAGAUACGCCAGACUUCGAAUUAAGAACGCCCCUCCAUCACGCGGCAUGCGGCCAUCGCGAGUCCAUUGUUGAAGCAUUACUGCAAACGCAAUCAGUUGACAUCAAUGCAACUGACUUCAGAGGGGAAACUCCACUGCUAGUGGCAGUACGCACAGGCGACUCGACUAUUGUUAGGAUACUUCUAACCGCGGGUGCGGACCCAAAUGCCGUGAAUUCCCGUGGACAGACUGCGUGGUCUAUCGCAGAAGAGAGGAUCUACCUGAGAAUUAUGAGAACUCUAGAGGAGUUCGGCGCUGAUACAAACCUUGCCUCCUGUGAGAUCGGGUUGGAGCUGCGCGACGACCGGUGA